AGAUUACUCUAAUUUUGUUGCAGAAGCUACAUCAAGCUGUGAUCAACUUCAAGUCGUGAAAAUGAUGGACGCAGUGAAAAUGAACCAGCUGCAGAAUCUGCUGCACGACUCGUUGAUUGCAACGGACCACGUUCAUCACUGUGCCAUCGUUAGACGGAAGGACUGUAAUGUCCGGGCCAGCUCAGUGGGAUUCAAUCUCCACCAUGACCAGGUCCAGAUGCUGUUAGACGCCUUCAAAAAUCCUCCCCAGACUCGAGAGGAGGGAAUUUAUUUUGACGACCAGCAAUUCAAAUGUGUUCGUGCAGACAAAAAUUCCAUAUAUGGAAAAUGUGACAAGCGAGGAUUAAUCCUUGUGAAGACCCAGUCCAUGUUAGUAGUGGCCACAUACACAGAAAAUAUGUUCCCCAGUGUCUGCGUAGAGGCAGUAGAAAAACUAGGUAAAACAACAUUUCACAUGCAGUUUGAUCAUUCCCUUUACUCAGAUUCAAAUUCAUGCUCCAUGUUUUGCAUCAAGAGACCUAGUAUGUCCCGUGGGGAUCCGGGUUAGAAUAGGUCCCUGGUACCCCCUUGCUUGUCGUAAGAGGCGACGAAAUGAGACGGCCCCGUCCUUUGGAUGAAACCGCAAAAACCGAGGCUCCAUGUCACAGCAGGUGUGGCACGAUAAAGCUCCCUACCUGCUCAAAGGCUGUAAGCGCCGAGCAAUAGGCCUAAAUUUUACAGAUUUCACCAGCAUUCGUGAUGUCUCCAUAUGAAUUAAAAAUAUUCGAGUGGGAUGUUAAACAAUAUACUACCAACCAACCUAGUAUGUCAUAAUGAAAUGUUCUAUCAAAACAUAUUGAAAUUCAUUUUUAUAAUCUACAACAAAAACUUUUAUACACUGUACGUGAUAGUCUUAAACUUUUGAUGAGAUAAAAUCAUUUGGGGUAAUAUGAAUGUAUGGAAUCCAUGAAAAUAUUUGACAGAGGAUAAGGCAUGGCUGAGUCUAAUAACAGGAUUGUUUGUUUUUUCAUUCAGCAUAUAUCCACGAUAUAUCCAUUAAUUAUAAGUCUUUAAAAUUAAGACUUCAAUUUUUAUCUAUAUGAAUCCAUGGUAACGGGAUUCGACAUGGUGUAUGGUACGUGGAUGCAAGGAAAAGUCGGCAAUGGGAACUAAUUUGAAUCAUGUGCAAUCAAACGUUUUUCACCUUAUGCUAAAACAUUUCUGAAGAUGUAACAAAAAUUCGACUCCAUACACUGGCAGUAAUCUUGAUCUUGGUGGAUCCAAAGAGACUGAGAUAUUAAUUCUGUUUUCUCUAAAUUCAAAACUAUAUGAGAUAUCUUAAUGGAGGGAGAACAUUUUCUGAAUUUUCUUCAGCUUUAUUUAUUGAUAUUUGCAUCCAUGUCUUACAUUCCCUCCCAAAAAAACCAGUUGAAUAUUGAAUUGUCUCCCUUAUGUCUAAUGUUUUGUUGUUUUUUUUCAGCUGAUUAUUUUAAAGAAAAAGGAAAAUAGCCACAAAAGUUAUCACCAAAGCUGUUCUGUGAUAUCAGUUAAUGACAGACAUAUAUUCACAUUAUUACAUUUAUUUUAUAUCCACUUGAUAGUUCACAUUUUACAUCAUUUUGUUCUGACUGUUUUAUUCAUUAAAAAUUGCAUUUAUUACAAA